GGUGGUCCAGUUUUCACUUCCGGGUUAACAGUCUCAGCUUUUCUUUCACAUUGUAUGGUAGCUUACUUGGUAAUUAUGCCUUUAGUAGUGAUUUGCGGUUACCCAUGCAGUGGAAAAACUAAAAGAGCAGAGGAGCUGAAGGAGUAUUUUCACAGGAACACAGAGCGAAAGGUUUAUAUUGUCGGUGACAGCGCUCUUGGCGUUGAAAGAAACACUGUUUACGCAGAUUCCCAAAAGGAGAAAGAAGUUAGAGCAUCUCUGAAAGCUGAAGUAGAAAGGAAGCUAAACAAAGAUGAUGUUGUUAUUUUGGACUCAGUUAACUACAUUAAAGGCUACCGCUAUGAGCUGUUCUGCCUCAUCAAACAUGCACAGACGCCACACUGUCUUGUGUACUGUCUGACGUCAGAUGAGCAGAGCUCCUCAUGGAACAGAAGCAGAAAUCCUGAUGAGCAGUAUUCCCAGGACAUCUUCGAUGCAUUAGUUCAAAGAUUUGAAGCUCCUGACUCUAGAAACAGGUGGGACAGCCCUCUUUUCACCAUCCUGAAAGACGACAACCUUCCAUUUGAGUCUAUUUCGGAUGCACUUUUGAAAAGAAGAGCUCCGCCACCAAACCAGUCCACCCAAAGCCAACCUUUGACUUCUGUAAACUUCCUAUACGAGUUGGACAAGAUCACACAAGAAGUAUUAAUGGAAAUCUUUAAUGCUCAAAAGACGAGCGUUCCUGGGGAUUUCAUCUCGGUACCGGGGGCGACAGAAAAGGUGGAGCUCGCCAAAAGGAUCAACAUGGCGGAGCUGAGGAAACUACGGCGCCAAUUCAUCAGCUACAGCAAGAUGCACCCCAUAGAAAACACGGCCCAGAUCGCCAACAUGUUUGUUCAGUAUUUAAAUAAGAGUUACCAUUGAAUUUUUUUAUCAUAUGUAUUUUUUUAUUCAUUCUUGUAUUUGUCUGUGAAAAAUAAAUACUCGUAUGCACAAA